AUGCCUCUAUUAGCUGCAUCCCAUCGCAUUCCUCUCUCUCCUUCAGCCAGCAGCCAUAGAUUCGCCGUAGCUCCACGAAGUGGUCACUGUCCAUUUAGCGCGUCGCGGAAUCUGCUAGUCCCUACGCCUCUGCGAUUUUCACCCGCCAUAUCGUCCGGAGUCUUGUCCGUUGUGCGACGUCGAUUUGUCGCCAUGGCAGAGACGAGCGACGCCGCAGGGGUGUCGCAGACGACGAGUGAGGGGAGUCGCAUGAAGGUGCUCUUUGUCGAGAUGGGUGUGGGAUACGACCAGCACGGGUGCGUCGUCGUAUUCAGUAGCAUAUAUGCGCAUUUCUAG